AUGUCGAGGCUGUCGAGCUCGCUCCAGGGCGCACUGCGCUCGUCCAACCCGGCCACGCACCCUCAGUCGGCCAAGACCCGCCCCUUUUCGACCGCCGCACCCCGACCCGCACCCGCCUCGUCUCGCCCGCCCAUCCCCCUCGAGGUCGUGCGCGCACGCCCGACCUCGUCCACCCUGCGCGACCCAGACGGCGCCGACACCGAGUCGCCCAUCGACCUCGAACAGCCCACCACGCCCACCGACGCCGACGCGUUCGUGCCCCCGCCCUUGACCCAGCAGCAGCUGUCGCUCCUGUACGCCUACACGUCCCCCCCGCCCGUCUCGGCCCUCGCCGCCUUUGCCGCCCGCAUCGCCACCCCGUCCCCCCCUUCCUCCUCCUCCUCCUCCUCACCCGUCCCCUCCCUCGCCGACAACCUCGCCCUCGUCGAGCAGGCCCUCAUCCACGAGUCGUUCUGGGAGGGCAUCCGCACCCUCGAGGACCAGCUCGCCCUCUCGGCCACCGCCGCCAACAACUCGACCGGCCGCCGCUUCACGGCCUUUCACGACGCGCCCCUCGCCGACGCACCCUCGGCCCACUCGCCCCACCACGCCCACAACGGCGCCCUCGCCGCCCUCGGCAACUCGCUCCUCGGCACCCUCGCCACCGAGCUCGUCCUCCAGUCGUUCCCAAACUUGCCGACCCGCGCCACGAAAGCCGCCGUCACCCUGUACGUCGGCCCAAAGUCGCUCGCGAGCGUCGCCCAGCACGCGUGGGGCGUCGCCCCGUCCCGCCUCGACUUGGCCCUCGUCGGCCGCGAGGACGAGGGCAAGGUGUCGAGGAAGGACAGGGCCUACGGCCACCUCGUCGGCGGCAAGGGCGGCCCGAGGAAGGUCGGCAACGAGGUCGGCGCGCGCGAGGGUGCGGCGGGGCAGGGCCUCAUCCGGUGGAACCGCAAG